AUGCCCGUGCCAACCAUCUUCUAUCUCCUGGAAAACGGCUUUCCACAGGUUAUCCACGACAAUGUCUGGAAUAUCGCCUACACCGUCGCCGCCGUCGCAUUCCUCGUCCUGCUGAAGCUCUACGCAUCGGGCAGGUCGAAUCCCUCCGAGCGCGACCUCCAUGGCAGAGUCGUCAUAGUCACGGGCGGAACGAGCGGGAUAGGGGCAGAAGUGACAUACGAGCUGGCAGCUCGCGGCGCUCAGCUCGUCCUGCUGACCCAAGUCCCCGCCUCAGAUCCCUUUCUCGUCGACUUUAUACAGGAUAUUCGGGACAGGACGGGCAACCACAUGAUAUACGCAGAGCAGGUGGAUCUCGCCAGUUUGUACAGCAUCAGAAAGUUUGCCACGAAAUGGGUCGACAAUGCCCCUCCUCGAAGACUGGACAUGAUUGUGCUGUGCGCAUCGACCAUGACGCCGGGAGGAGGGAAACGGACCGUUACGGAAGAAGGCGUGGAGGAGAUGUGGCAGGUCAACUACCUUGCCAACUUUCACCUCCUAAGCAUCCUCAGCCCGGCUCUCAAGGCACAGCCCUUUGAUAGAGAUGUCCGCGUCGUCAUAGCCACAUGUUCAUCGUACAUUGGAUCUCCCUCCUUGAAAGAAGGUCUCGGAAAUGCGGAAAAGGGCUGGUCUCCCGGCUCUGCAUAUGCCCGAAGCAAGCUCGCCCUCAACGUUUUCGGCUCAUACUUCCAGAAGCACCUAGACGCAUACAAGCGCCCUGAUCAGCUUCCCAUGAACACCCGGGUCAUCUUUGUAGACCCCGGCCUCAGUCGAACACCCGGCACACGCAGAUGGCUGACCCGAGGCUCGCUCGUUGGCCUCGCGCUUUACAUGUGUUUCUACGCCAUCCCCUGGUUCUUGCUCAAGUCGCCUCACAAAGGCGCCCAGUCGAUUCUCUACGCCGCCAUGGACGGAGGCCUCGGACGUGGCAGCGGCGGCAAGCUCAUCAAGGAGUGCAUGGAGGUAGACUUUGCCCGGAGGGAAAUCAAGGACGACGAGGUAGCAAAGAAGCUGUGGGAGGAGAGCGACGCCCUCAUUGAGAAGACGGAGAAGAGCGCUGCAAAGAAGAGAGGGCAGCAAAAGGCCAAAGAGGAUAAGCUGGCCGAGGAGAAGAAGGAAAAGGAAAAGGCAGAAGAGGUGGAGAGCUUGGUGGCCGCGAUCAAGAAGGGGAAGGAGAAGGAAAAGCAAAAGGAAAAGGAAAAGCAACAGAAGCAAGGCGCAAAGAGCGGUAAAAAGGGCAAAUGA